AUGCCAGAAUGUAGAGACGAAAUGGAAACUCGAUACAAUAAACGGUUAAUUGACUUGUUUACAGAAUAUGCAAAUUCUAUUGGUUUUAUGUUAUUUGGACAUUUACAUACUGAUACUUUUAGAAUUUUGAAGGAUUCAAAUGGGAAACCAAUACAACGAAUGUUUUUAAAUCCAGCUAUAACACCUUUGUUUAAUUUAAACAAUCCAGCUUUUCGUGUUUUUGACUAUAACAGGAAUAAUUUUAAUAUUAAAGAUAUUAGAACUUUCUAUGUUAAUUUGGAUGAAUUAAACCAAAAAGGUUCUAAUCAAGUAAAAACAGUUUUGGAAUAUUCAAUGAAAAAAGUUUACGGGCUUAAAACUUUUGAUGCAAAUGAAAUGAAUAAUUUGGCAAAACGAUUUGCAACAGAAGAUAGACUUUUUAAUUUAUAUAUUCGUUUUAAUAGAGUUAUGAAUUGGAAUGAUAAUUUAUAUAUUGAUAGGUUCUUAAUUUUUUAA